UGAUUUUUAUAUGUUGACCUUAUAUGUUGCUAAACUCAUUAGUUCUACUAGCUUUUUUGUAGAUUCCUUAGCAUUUCUUAUGUAGAUAAUCGUGUCAUGGGCAGAUAUUAUUUUGAUCCCCAUUCUACCAUCAAAUAAUGGAGGCCUGGAAAGACAAGGGGACCUGCCUAAGGUCCUACUCUUCAUAAAUGCACAGCCAGGAAUCUGAAGCCUGUGUCUUUCGGGUCCUCCUUCAACGACCUCUCCACACCGUAAGCUAUUCCUCAGUCUUUCAAGCCUCAAGAGAAGAAGCUUAUAUCAGUUACGAUUAUAUUUGAAUGGUUCAAACAAGAUAGUGUAUUUUCCUGUCACUUCAAAGUCUGGAGGUUUUAACUCCAGGACUAGUAUCACAGUUCUGCCCCCUGAAGUCCUCAAGAACCUGUACUCCCUGCUGAUGGCUUCAGCCAUCCCUAGAGCGUGGAGCUGCACCUCAUGGUCCAUCAUAGUGGCCUUUGCAUUCUAGGCAGCAAGACAGAGGAAGGGAUAAACAAGAAAGGCAAAGGUGCACAUUAGUAAUUUUUUCUGGUAAGUUCCAUGAGGCUGGGUCUUAACCUGUUUUGUGCUAUAGUAACAGAUGCCAGAAACUGGAUAAUUUAUAAAGAAAAGAAAUGUAUUUGGUCACAGUUUCCGAGGCUGGGAAGUCCAAGAUCAAGGGCAGCAUCAGGUGAGGGCUUUCUUGCUGCCACAUAAGGUGGUAGAAAGCAUCACAUGGGUGAGAGAGAUGGAUGGGACCAAAUUCAUCCUGUAAGGGCCCUGCUCUCACAGUAAUUAACCCACUCCCUCCAUAACAGCAUUAAUCCAUUCAUCAGGGUAGAGCCCUCAUGAGCUAAUCACAUCUUAAAGGUUCCACCUCCCAAUACUGUUGCACUGAGGAUUCAAUUUCUAACACACAAACUUUGGGGAACAUGCUCAAACCAUAGCAGGCUACCAUGCAGCUCCUCCACUCACCUCUCAUUGGACAGAACCAGUCAGGCCACAUCUAGCUACAAGGAUGUCAGGAAAAUAUCAUCUUUAUUCUGAGCAAUCAUAUCCCAGCUAAAAUUCUUAUUUCUGUGGAAGAAAAGGAGAACAGCUCCUAGGGGAUAUACAGCAAUUUCUGCCACAAGCCUUAGUUAGGAAUCCAGAAAGGAAACCGUUUGAAAAUGAAAGAAGGAAGAAGGUGGAAGAGUUCAAAGCCUGUUGCAUCUUUUUAAAAAUUAUUUUAGGAUCAGGUGAGUCAGCUCUCCUUUGAGUUUUGUCAGCCCAUUAAGUUGACCUGAAGCCAUUUAGUCAUAGGAUAAAGUCAAUUCUCAGAACCCUUUUAUGGUAUCAAAUCUUUGUGACUAUAUUAGACAUGUCUAAUCCAUGGAUGACCUUUCCUUCAUCUGGAAAAGAUAAAAGAUGUCUCCACUCAUUCAUUCAUUAUUCAUUCAUUCAACAGAAAUUGAUGUCUUCUCAUAGAGCUCACAAUUUGCGGAUAGACAGACAAUAGUCAAAUGAUCAUCCAAAUGAAUGUGAAGUCACAAAGGAGCAGUGAGGAUGCUGGCUCACACAGUCGACAAAAGAAGACGUUUUUCUUGGGAGAUGGACAGAAGCUGAAGGACUGGCAUGACAAGGAGGCCAUCCGGAGGGACGCUCAGCGCGUAGGAAAUGGAGAACAAGGAAGACCUUACCCCAUGACCGAUGCUGAGAGAGUGGAUCAGGCGUACCGAGAAAAUGGAUUUAACAUCUACGUCAGUGACAAAAUCUCCUUGAAUCGCUCUCUCCCAGAUAUCCGGCACCCAAACUGCAACAGCAAGCGCUACCUGGAGACACUUCCCAACACAAGCAUCAUCAUCCCCUUCCACAACGAAGGCUGGUCCUCCCUCCUCCGCACCGUCCACAGUGUGCUCAACCGCUCGCCCCCAGAGCUGGUCGCUGAGAUUGUGCUGGUCGACGACUUCAGUGAUCGAGAGCACCUGAAGAAGCCUCUUGAAGACUACAUGGCUCUUUUCCCCAGCGUGCGAAUUCUUCGAACCAAGAAACGGGAAGGGCUGAUAAGGACCCGAAUGCUGGGGGCCUCAGUGGCAACUGGGGAUGUCAUCACGUUCUUGGAUUCACACUGUGAAGCCAAUGUCAACUGGCUUCCCCCCUUGCUUGACCGCAUUGCUCGGAACCGCAAGACCAUUGUGUGCCCGAUGAUUGACGUGAUUGACCAUGAUGACUUUCGGUACGAGACACAGGCAGGGGAUGCCAUGCGGGGAGCCUUUGACUGGGAGAUGUACUACAAGCGGAUCCCAAUCCCUCCAGAACUGCAGAAAGCUGACCCCAGCGACCCAUUUGAGUCUCCCGUGAUGGCCGGUGGACUGUUUGCCGUGGAUCGGAAGUGGUUCUGGGAGCUGGGCGGGUAUGACCCAGGCUUGGAGAUCUGGGGAGGGGAGCAGUAUGAAAUCUCCUUCAAGGUGUGGAUGUGUGGGGGCCGCAUGGAGGACAUCCCCUGCUCCAGGGUGGGCCAUAUCUACAGGAAGUAUGUGCCCUACAAGGUCCCGGCCGGAGUCAGCCUGGCCCGGAACCUUAAGCGGGUGGCUGAAGUGUGGAUGGACGAGUACGCCGAGUACAUUUACCAGCGCCGGCCUGAAUACCGCCACCUCUCCGCUGGGGACGUCGCCGCCCAGAAAAAGCUCCGCAGCUCCCUUAACUGCAAAAGUUUCAAGUGGUUUAUGACGAAGAUAGCCUGGGACCUGCCCAAAUUCUACCCACCCGUGGAGCCCCCGGCUGCAGCUUGGGGGGAGAUCCGAAAUGUGGGCACAGGGCUGUGCGCAGACACAAAACACGGGGCCUUGGGCUCCCCACUGAGGCUAGAGGGCUGCGUCCGGGGCCGCGGGGAAGCCGCCUGGAACAACAUGCAGGUAUUCACCUUCACCUGGAGAGAGGACAUCCGGCCUGGAGACCCCCAGCAUACGAAGAAGUUCUGCUUUGAUGCCAUCUCCCACACCAGCCCUGUCACACUCUACGACUGCCACAGCAUGAAGGGCAACCAGCUGUGGAAAUACCGCAAAGACAAGACCCUGUACCACCCUGUCAGUGGCAGCUGCAUGGACUGCAGUGAAAGUGACCAUAGGAUCUUCAUGAACACCUGCAACCCAUCCUCCCUCACCCAGCAGUGGCUGUUUGAACACACCAACUCAACAGUCUUGGAAAAAUUCAAUAGGAACUGAGCCCUCGUGUCCCCUUGGCAGGCCCUCCCCAGGGUCUGGCACCCACUGCAGCCUUCCUCUUUCAGGGGAGGCAGGGCCUCUGUGGGCACUGGGUGUAAAAGGUGCUGGCCAAAUGGUUCAGGGUGAAGAGGGCUCUUGAUUCAGGGCCUGGGGUCUGCCUGGUCCUUGAACCCCUGAGUUGUGGGGGUAGGGUGAAGAGCAUAUCCCACAAGAGGCCCCACAGGGAGCAGAGCCUGCUUUAAUCCCUGCUGGCCUCACAGAAAAGCAACAGGGCCUUUUCAACUUUGUCACUAUGUCCCCUUGAGCAUUAUGUGGGAGAAUACCAAGGUAGCCUAGGCCACCCAAAAGUGAGUCCUGCAAGGUUGCCCAGCCCUCAGAUGGCUCUCCUACAUGAUGGUGCUUUGGAAAGAAAUGUAAAAUUUGCCUGUUUGGGGCAGCUUUUAGUAUCGAUGUCACUCAUCUGCCGCAGAAGGGAAAGAAGUCCUCUUGGGGCUUUUUAGUUUCUACCGUCCUUGGGGGGGACAUUGCAGUGACUGCCCAGCUUCUGUUCUCUGUCACAGCCCCAGGUGAUUUGGUCUGGUCAAAGGCCAUACUUAGGGUCUUAAGAGUGUUCAAUACUGAAUGCUGAUGAGCUGCCAGGUGAGGAGUCAGAAGAGGGACCCCCCAGACAUUUCUCUGCAGCUGUGGACAUGCGGGAUAUCUCCCUCUGCUCUCUGGGUAUUUGAAAUGUCCAUUUUAGCACUCUCCAGGCACAAGGACAGCCCAGCCACCAGCUUUACAGGGCAGUGUUUCAGAUGGCCCUGAGCCCACAGAAAAGUCCGAGCAGACCUCCAAACUAGAAAAGCUGGCUGAUUUGCCCUGAUCCAUGCUUCCAUUUCCCCGUCUCUCUUCCCCAGGCCUCAAAAGAGGAACAGAGAUGCUGCGAGGUGCUCACCUCACAGGGUCUGGAGGUCUCCAGGAUCAACUGUGGGCAAAGUGCCUGCCUCUGACCUCAUCAUGGUUCUAGUUCUCAUAUAAAACCCCAGAAUUUUUAAAGAACUCUAUAAUUGGAUUGCAAACUAGGAUGCUACAUAGGAUUCUGGUAUCCCACAUCCAAUAUGGAUUUCUAGAAUGCUGUGAUUAAAGGAGCCAGCCGGGUGUAAUACAGUCAAGGCAGCCCCCAGCCUAGAGACAAUCUGUGAAAUCCCAAGUUAGUAGUGUUGGGGAAGCAGGGGGACAUGUGUCCCUCAGCUCAGCAGAGGCUGUGGUACAACAUGGUCCUCGGUGAAGACCUGCACCCCUGGAAUCUCCCACCAUCAUCACAACUGUAGUCUCAUUUCUGUGGAGAAAAGAACCCGAUAUCCCACAGCCAGAUAUACACCCAGCUCCAUGCUGGCCCUUCAUGUUUACCUUUUGCUUUGUUAAUUACAUGUCAGACUCCUGGAGGGCCUCCAGACUAAUAGGAAGCAUUUCUGUAACCAACCUGCUGCCCACUGAUUUGGAAAUGGAAAUUGCAUUCCACUAUCUAUGGCUUCCACCAGCUAGCCCAGGAAAUACUUGAAAUCAGCAUUCCAAUUAGUGUUGAGUCUCUUGAUUGUGUCAUUUACCAAUUAAAUGACUGAGACCUAAGUCUGGGAACAGAGCCACAAAUCUGCCUUUGAGAUGCUGGCGGAUCUCAAGGCCAUCAAUUAUUGGGGGAGGGAGGGACAGACACUCCCAAUCAUCCACCAGUCAGACCGAAUGUGUAGCUGGCAAGGAAUUACUUCCACUUCUGGCCCAGCACAAGCCCUGCUCUGGCCGCCUGUCUGCAAGAGAGGUGGCCCCUCUGCUUGCAGCGCUUACGUGUUGAUCCCAGUGUCCUUUUCCAAAUAAGUGCUGUAGCUUUAGAAGUGGCCCUCUAUAGAAGUCAAAAGAUGAGGCCUCUCUAGAAUCUAGGAUAACAAGAGUGUUGGCAGUUUGAAGAGUUGAAUUGAGAUUCAUCAUCAAAGAGCAAUGCAGUGUCAUUAAAAUAAAAACUGUGCCUUUUAAAAAGAAAAAUGCAAAUAUACAGCAAAUCCCUAAACUUGAACCAUUUCCUAGUGCCUUGCUAGACAAACAUAAAGGGGCAGGGUUGUGGGGAGGGGAACAUUUCUGGUGGCAUGUGCAGUUCCUACUGGAUGAGUGUGUGUUUCUUAGUGUCUAAUUUCAAGCAGGAGAUGUUGAGCCUGGAGCAACAUCUGAGACUGAGAUGUCCCCCAAGGGUGAGAGGCCAGAUUUAUUCCAGUCAGUGCAAGUCACACUCCAAACUAAAGGCUGGGCAGUGCGUUUAGUCUGUGACCUAGAAGGCCUCAUCGGCCCCUGAGAGGAGGCCUUGCAUUACCUCACUGGGACCUGUUUGGGGGCCAUCCCUGCGGUCCACCCUCUGAACCCCAGCAUGUUUGUCCUGUUUUUCACCAUUGGGUUAAGGGGUGCCGAGCACUAGCUAGACUUCCACACAGUCUCACCCCAAAUGGGUGGCAGUGUUCCUGGCAUGACCAGGAUUCCUGUGAAAGCAGGAGUGGCAGCAAGCCGUCCUGGGCCUGCCUUUCCAUCCUUUGGUUCUCCUUUCCAGUCUAGGUUCACACCCUGAAAAGGGAUGGGUGUGUCCUCUGAGCACUCUGGCAUUUGUCAUUGCUGAGUCCACAUCAGUAGGUCCUGGGACUUGACAAAGUAUGCGGGAGGGGAAGGAAGGACAGAACUUGACUGUCUCCGUUUGAUGGACCAACUGAUCAAUUGCCAGUACUAAGCCUCUCAUUGUUAUGGCUUCCUUUUUGAAAACCACCUGUCUCAAGGAUUCAGGUUUCCGCUCAUAUCCCCAGCUGAUACUCAAUAGAACUCAGCCAGGAGCGUAUAGAGAUGCUGACAGUCAGGUGAUGGGUGAGACUGUGGGUCCCUUUUCCUCUAAAGCCUUUACUCUGAAGAUAAGGUCACAAAAUAGGGUGUGAUUGGAAAGUAUCAUGACCACGUGGCCCACCAGCAGCCUUUCCAAAGGGGAACUCCAGAAACAUUUCAUAAUGCAGACAGCACGGUUGCUUUAAGAACAAGGUCUUUGGAGGUGGCUAACCUUGCAGGCACGUGUGUGAAAAGCCAUCCCAUCUUCUGCCUCCAAUUGGAGCUUUCAGCUUUUAAAACAAUCAGAAACUAUUGAUUCUUCCCUUUAGGAAAAAAUCGCUCAGGCAGAACGGGGUACAUCCACAGGAAGAAUCUGACGAGAGGAUGUGACAGUCGGUCCAGGAGAGAAAGAGCGGUUGGUUUCUGUUGAAGAUGUAGCAAAUAGAUUUCCAAAGUCUACAUGACAUUCACUUUUCAAACUUCCCACCAGUUGAAUUUCUUUUUUUUCCCGUAAGAAAUAGGUGAUGUCUUAGAAAACAGCUCCUUGUGUCUCUCUGUGCAUCUCCAUUUUCCUAGUCUCUGGAGUCUCAAAAAGAGUGGCAAAGCCCUUUACAGUAAUAACUGAGGAAUCAGAUUCCCUGUUUCAGCGAUACCUAGUUUGUACAGUUGGGUGAUCUUUUAUAAUUCCUAGGAGGUAAUGCAUUUUUAAUGUUUUCUGAAGCUUUGUAAGUGUGAGAGAGGGACAAGAAGUGCAGUUCUGUUCUGGAAUUCUUUAUUGCUUUCAACGGACACUCUUUGUGAAAAAUCCAAGUAAUAUUUUAGUUCAAACUUGAUCUUGAGCCAAGGCCCACUGCCACCUCUGGGGUGGGAGUUGGACCUACAUACCAAGUGACAAGUUCAUCUUAACAUCUGCUUCCAGAAUGGCUUUGAUUCAGCCGUGCCAGGCAACAGAACAGGGUCAGACUCCUGAUCUGUUAUAUGUUAUCAAGCCAAUAACGGCUUGAAGACUAGGAUCCCAAAGGGGUUGCAGGCAGGGAAUAUUUGGAAAUUCAGACUGGAAUUCCAGGCCGAAAGCUCAAGACCACCAGCCUCUCCCCCUGCCUGGAAAAAUUGAGCCUUUGUGAAAGACUGAUUUACCAUGUACAAUUGUGAUUGUAAACGUUGUUGAGUAAACCUCCAGACUUUCUCUAAA